CCCUUUUCUAUUUUCUUCCUUCAUUAUCUAAUCAUCAAAAAAAACAAAAACAAAACUGUUCCGUUUUCAUCUUCCUCACUUUCUCUCUCUAAAACCUUCUCACACACGCAACUCAUCAACUUCAACAAAGGGCAAAGAACCUUUCUAUCUUCUCUACUAAUUAUAUGAUCGAACGUUUUUUUUAGUAUAUGAUUUGAUUAUAAACUUUAAUUAAAUUAAUUUCAUCACUUAUUUUUUUCUUCUAAUUUUUUUUUUCAACCGUAAGUAAAUACUGUACAUUUGUUUAUAUUUAUAUUACCGAUAAUUAUCUCUUCAUUUUUUUUUACAAAACUAUUUAUAUAUUGGGGAAAGUAGAGUACAUCUGCAGUUUUUGAUGCUUGGAAAUUGUGCUGUUAAUUAUCUGUUUUUGCUUAAUUAGGGUUUGGUUAAUUUUCAGUAAUUUUGCCGGGUUUUUUUAUUAAUUUGAAUUAAAUUGGGGGAAGUUGUGUGAAUAUUGAGCUAUAAAACAUGAGUUUGUGAUCAAGAAGAAUUAUAUUAUCCCAAUUCAGUAUUGUUACUGUUUUCUGUGAGAGGGGUUGAUGAGGAGUGAAGGGAAGAAAUCUCAGGGAGGAGUAGCAGCUGCUGCUACUUCUUCGGGCCGGGCGAACGGGUUUAUUCCGAAUUCGUUCCGGGCUAUUUCGAGUUAUCUGAGGAUUGUUUCAUCUGGUGCAUCUACUGUGGCUUCGACGGUCCGAUCAGCGGCUUCGUCGAUUGUGUUGGAUAGAGAUGAUGAUGCCCGUUAUGAUCAGGUACUUUGGGCUGGGUUCGACAAGUUGGAAGUUGAGGGAAACAUUGCACGGCAGGUCCUGCUGCUGGGUUAUCGAUCUGGUUUUCAGGUAUGGGAUGUGGAGGAAGCUCACAACGUUCAUGACUUGGUCUCCAAACAUGACGGUCCUGUUUCAUUUUUGCAAAUGCUGCCAAAGCCACUGCCAGCUAUGGCAUCGGGAGACAAAUUUUCUGAUAGUCGUCCUCUGCUGGUAGUGUAUACAGAUGGAUCUCGUCUUCUGGAUGGAAAAAGUGCUUGCAAUGGAAGCAAUCCCAAUUGCAGUGGUCCUGGGAAUGGCCCCCAUGGCCCUUCUAGUAUUCAAUUUUAUUCUUUAACUUCUCAGUCUUAUGUACAUAUUUUAAAGUUUAGAACAGUUAUUUAUUCUGUUCGGUGCAGUCCGCGGGUUAUAGCUAUUUCUCAGGCAGCUCAGGUGCACUGUUUUAAUGCUGCUACCUUGGAGAGGGAAUAUACUAUCCUCACGAAUCCUGUUGUGACUGGCUAUCCUGGUUACAGUGGCAUAGGCUAUGGACCACUUGCACUGGGUCCUAGGUGGCUGGCAUACAGUGGGAAUCCAAUAGAUGUGUCAAAGGCAGGUUGUGUCAGUCCACAGCAUUUGACACCUUCAGCCACUUUUCCCAGUUCAGCACCAAAUGGCAAUCGUGUGGCUCAAUAUGCAGUAGAUUCUAGCAAGCAUCUUGCUGCAGGAAUUGUGACCCUGGGGGAUAUGGGUUAUAAAAAGCUGUCCCGGUAUUGCUCGGAGCUACUACCUGAUUCUAAUUACUCAGUUCAAUCUGGAAAUACUGGAAGCAGAGUCAAUGGCACUGUUAAUGGGCAUCACAGUCAUCUGCAUGACCUGGAUAGUGCUGGAAUGGUCAUUGUGAAAGAUGUUAUCAGUAAAUCAGUGAUCACCCAGUUUAAAGCACACAAGAGUCCUAUUGCCGCAUUAUGUUUUGAUCCCAGUGGGACCCUGUUGGUGACAGCUUCAGUUCAGGGCCAUAACAUUAAUGUUUUCCGCAUAAUGCCUGGACAUUCUGCAUCCAAUACAAGUGGAUCCUGUUUGCAUCUUUACAGACUGCAACGUGGUCUUACCAAUGCGAUUAUACAGGAUAUAACUUUCAGUAACGACAGCCGCUGGAUCAUGAUAAGUUCCUCUAGGGGCACAAACCAUCUGUUUGCUAUCUCUCCUUUUGGUGGUACCGUGGAUCUUCAGUUUGCAGAAUCUAAUGCUAAUAGUAAUGGAUUUAGUGUUGUGAACAAUUCAGUGGUUCCAAGGCUGCCUAAAUCUGCUGUUCAAAUGUUAAAUCAGAACGAUCUUUUUGUUUCUGGUCCACCUGUUACUCUGUCUGUUGUUAGCAGGAUACGAAAUGGAAAUAACGGCUGGAAAGGAACUGUUAAUGGUGCUGCAGCUGUUGCAACAGGCAAGAAUAGUUCUUUCUCUGGUGUUGUUGCUGCAGCUUUCCAUCUUUGCAAAGGCAAUGACGUGAAUGUUGAUGCAUUUGCUAUGAAGUCUAAGUACCACUUGCUGGUGUUCUCUCCUUCUGGUAGUUUGAUCCAAUAUGCACUGCGAGUUUCUCUUGGGCAAGACACAUUAAAUGCCGUUUCUGGAGUAGGUCCUGUUUAUGGAUCAGCUCCAGGCAAUGAUUCAAAAUUGUUAGUUGAGGCCACUCGAAAAUGGAAUAUAUCUCAUAAACGGAGGGAAAGAGAAGAUAACUUUGAUAUUUAUGGUGAAAAUGGUACAUCAGAAUAUACCAAAAUAUUUUGUGAGGGGACCAGAAACGGAUAUCGUGGUAGAUCAAAGUUAAGUGCUGAAGAAAGAAAUCAGCUUUAUAUUUCUGAAGCUGAAUUGCAAAUGCAUGAACAGCAGGUUCCACUUUGGGCGAGACCUGAGAUUUACUUUCAGUCAAUGAUGAAUGAUGCCAUCAAGGUAGACGGAGAAAACACUGGAGGGGAAAUGGAGAUUGAACGGAUUCCUGUACGUACAUUUGAAGCUAGGUCCAGGGAUUUGGUUCCUGUUUCUGAUUAUGUGGAUACUCCCAAACCUCUACCGGCCAGCUUUUCCUUGUCCAGAGUUGCUGCUGCAGAUAGCAAGUUUGAAUCACAGCAGCUGCCUCAGCUAUGUAAGGUGCCUCAAGAUGGGACUCUUUCAACCGGUAGCAAGGCACAUGCACUCAGCCCGUUGACUGACAUUGGUGUGGAACUCAUUCUUGGCAUUGGAGAAAACAAGGAUGGUUCACGUAAUCUUACAGAUGCAACACUGGGCUAUGUAAAUACUAAUGACUGCCCUGAAAGACUGUCGUCUGAGCUUGACAUUGUAAAUAAUAGAGAUAGAGAGAACCCGAAAAUAGAAGCCCUGGUUCAAGUUUGUAAAUAAACUAUAGUGAAGCCUUGAAAAUGGAGAAUCAGUUUGAAGGCAAAGAUUGAGAGUUUGAUAUAGAGAGGAUGCGGCAAUUCUUUUAUUCUCAAGGUGUUUGAUAAGUUGUUCAUGUCAAUAUUCAUGGUGAUUUCUUUAGAGAAGUAAGGCGUAACAUCGUGGAUAACUAUGUUAAAUGUUGUGAUGUUGAGCAGUUUCGUUUUUAUUGGAUUUGUACAUAAUAGUUGGUCUUGUCAAUAAUAUGCACUCUGUACAUAAUUGUACCUUGUUUAAGGUCUUUUUUUAAUGAUUAAUUCUAAUCUGACUACGGAGUUGUCAUUUUCAUA